GUUCCUCCAGCAGAUUCUUGCUCUGUGGAGAGAGAUAUAACGUUAUCGUACUUCGAGUUUGGAAAGUGAACCGCGUUUCUCUCGCCAUAGGCGCUGCCUGACCUGCUGAGUGUUGUUUGACACGACAGACGGCUGAAUGUCAUUGGGAAGCCGGCGCGCCGUGUGGGUGCGGACAAGGUCAGAGCAAGGAAAGGCGCAUGAUUAGAAGAAAUGUUUGCCUCCGUGUGUUGGACUUGGCUGGAAGGGUGUUAGCAAUUGGGAGAAGGUGAGAGAGAGAGAGAGAGAGAGAGAGAGGGGCAUCGUGCGCCCGAGGGAGCGAGGAGCCGCGAUCUGGUGAGAUCCUUCAACACCGGCGACAGGCUCGGAAGAUGGCCUCAACAGUCUCACCCAGCACCUUGGAAACGACCCCUGCACUCAUAAUCCACAAAGGCUCUGGCGUCAUUACGUUCAACGGCACCGAUUGCUUCAAUCCACUGGGAAAACCGACGGGGCAGGACAAGCACAGCUUCGGAGGCAUUCCCACUGUCAUCCUCAUUUACUUCAUCAUAUUCUGGUUGGUGAUCCUCCUAUUUUCCAUACUGAGGAAGACAGCCUGGGACUACGGACGCCUUGCUCUCAUCUCCGACAAUGCCAGUGAGGCAGUGGACAUUCCCAGGACGUACAAACGAAGCUCCUCAUUCACCAGUUCCAACGAACGCUUCGUAAGAGAUGUUGGCUUCUGCUCGUGGAUAAUGAACACCUUUACCAUGAAGGACAGUGAAUUGCAGGAGCAGUGUGGCGACGAUGCCAUGCACUACCUCUCCUUCCAGCGCCACCUCAUCAUCAUCCUGGUGGUUAUGAGCAUCAUGUCGGUGGGCAUCAUCCUCCCCGUCAACCUGUCUGGCAGUUUGCUGGACAAUGAUCCUGAAAGCUUUGGGAGAACAACUAUUGGAAACAUAAAAAUUAAAAAUGACAUCCUCUGGGUUCACACCAUUUUUGCAGUCAUCUACCUCCUGCUCACCAUCCUAGUCCUGAGGCACCACACCUCCUCCAUGGAGUACAGAGAGGACGAUGUGGUCAAAUGCACCUUAUUUAUUACGAGGAUACCUAAGGAGGCCACGGAGGAGAUCAUAGCCCGGCACCUCAGUGAGGCCUACCCAAUGUGCACAGUUCUGGAGGUCCAGCUCUGCUACGAUGUGCAAAGACUGAUGGACCUGGAUGCCAAGAGGAUUAAGGCAGGCCGCAGUCGGGAAUACUACAGCACUCUGCUCGAGAACCGUGGCGAGAGGGUGUCCAUCAACCCCAAGCCUUGUGGCCAUUUCUGCUGCUGCAGCUUCCGAGGAUGUGAACAGGUAGACGCAGUGGAGUAUUACACAAAACUGGAGAGUGAACUACAGAACAAGUUCAUCCAGGAGAGAGAAGUGGUAGGAAGAAAGCCACUCGGACUGGCCUUUGUCACCUUCCAGGAUGAAACCAUGGCAACACGAGUCUUGAGGGACUUCAACAACCUCCGGUGUCAUGGCUGCAGCUGUUGGGCAGAGAGACAGCCCUCCCCCUACAGCCAGAACCUUGCAGUUGCCAAGUGGAGCGUCACCUACGCACCGGCUCCCCAGAACGUCUCCUGGGAGAACCUCUCCGUCCAGGGAUUUCACUGGUGGAUCCGUUGUUUCUUAAUCAAUUUGCUGGUCUUCAUCUUGCUUUUCUUCCUCACCACGCCGUCCAUUGCGCUGUCCACCAUUGACCAGUUCAACAUCACCCGGCCUAUCUACUACCUCAACGACCCUGUCAUCAACCAGUUCUUCCCCACCCUGCUGCUGUGGACCUUCUCGGCUCUGUUACCCUCCAUCGUUCAUUACUCCUCCGUCGCUGUGGGCCACUGGACGAGGUCCAGUGAAAACCGCCUCACGAUGCACAAAGUCUAUACCUUCCUCAUUAUCAUGGUGCUGAUACUACCAUCGCUGGGCCUCACAAGUCUAGAUUUCUUCUUUCGCUGGCUGUUUGACAAGAGAUUUCUGGAGGAAGGCAAGGUCAGAUUCGAGUGCGUGUUCCUCCCCGACCAGGGCGCCUUCUUCGUGAACUACGUCAUUGCGGCGGCCUUCAUCGGGAACUCGAUGGAACUCCUGCGCCUGCCCAGCCUCCUGCUCUACACCUUCAGGAUGCUGAUGGCCAAGUCAGCAGCCGAGCGGAAAGUCGUCAAGCAGCACCAGGCAUACCCGUUUGAGUUUGGACUGAACUACGCGUGGAUACUGUGCAUCUUCACGGUGGUGACCGCGUACAGCAUUACCUGUCCUCUCAUCGUUCCUUUUGGACUGAUCUACAUACUGCUGCGGUACCUGGUAGACAGAUACAACCUCUACUACACCUACCUGCCCGUCAAGCUCAACCAGAGGCUGCACACCGCUGUGGUGAAGCAGGCUGCUGCCGCGCCCAUCAUCUGCCUCCUCUGGCUCCUGUUCUUCUCCAUCCUCCGAGGAGGACUGACCGCGCCGACGUCCAUCUUCACCUUCACCGUGGUGCUCCUCACUAUUGCCAUCUGCAUCGUUUUGAGUUGCUCCGACUCCUUCAAGAACUUCACCAUUAACGUGAUGGCAAUGAAGCUGCUGAGCAAAGAGACGGACACAGAAGGAGCGGCCCGUGCCUGGCAAUCAAGAGCCUACGUCCCAAAAGUCCUGCGAGCAACCAAGACAGAGAAGAGCCACCUCGACCCACAAAACCACCCGACAUAUGGUACCAUGGGGAACAGCAGUCAGCUCAAGGAAGAGGACGAACCCCUGCCUCCAGAUGACGUUGCUCCUCUGGACAACAUUGACAACGAUCGAAUAUAUCUGGUGGAUAGUGAAGACGGACAGAGAUAAAAACACAGCCUUGGUUUUGGAACUGCACUAACCCUAACUACCACCGUACAAUACUGUGAUGCUGGUUUUGGCACGAGAUACUAGCACAUUAGACGGUUCAUUUACCUGAACCCAACACCACAGGCAACUGACACAAAGAGGGUUUUUGAUGCUAAUUUUUUUUCUCAACAUGUUUUCUUUUUUAAAUAAGAUGGAACUUAAACACUUCAACCCUUUUAUUUCGCCACUGCCUUGAGGAUGAGCAUUAAUAAUGAUUGGCAUCUUACACAAUUAAUCCAGUUGGGAAGGGCGUUUCCUUCAGAAGAUCUCCGAAUUUCACACAUUUCCCGAUUGUUGGAGUAUUUCGAGUUAAGGACGGCAACCAGAUGCAUGAGCAAGUGGUGGCUCUCUCAGCUUGCACAGAGCCAAGUUAAAAUGGCACUGUUCAGGUUAGACAGGGACACCAAUACUGGCCCAUUUCCCUUAAACUUAAAACCCCAAAUUUGUUCAAUUUUAAGUGUUAACUUUGGAAAUAAAUGGGCAUGAUCCUGUGAGAAGCUGUGGUAGAGAA